AUGUUACUAAUGAAUGCUUUUCUUUUAGCUUUAAAUAAUCCAGCUGUUAAAUCUGGAAAUUUUGGCAUUAAACCAAUGCCAAUGAUGUGUCCAAUGGUCAUGUGUGCACAAAUACAACAACCAUGUGAUAACAUCCAAAUGAGUUAUAUGACUAUUAAUGGUCAACAGUGUCCAGGUUGUCGAUAUUGUGCUACACCAUUAGCUACUACAGAUUCAUAA